AUUUUAUCUUGACGUGCCUGUGUGACAGUGCUUUUAUCACUGAAAUGUUAUUAGAAUAUACUUUAGUCUAUGUGAUAAUUAAAAAACGUAGUAAUAGUUUAGUUUGACAAAAAAAAGAUUUGUACUAUGUACUGUGUGGCAAUAGUCUCAUAAUAAUUAUCGACAAUUAUUUACCUGCUAUUGUCAUUGAAUAUGUUUAACAAAAAACUGUGAACUUUUUGCGGUUUGUAAAUUGAGGACGAAAAGGAACCAAGCAUGUCGAAAAUAAUAAAAACAAAAUGAAAACAAAUUUGUCUUCGUCAAAUAUUGUAGCAUAUGAUAAACAAUCAGUUAGCAGUGAAAACAAAUCAGUUAGUCCUUCUUCAAGCCCUAGAAGUAGCCCCAGGCCUUCUCCUAGACCCCAAUCUAAAAGAGAUCAUUCAAAAUCUGACACCUAUUUAAGUGUUUCAUAUAAGGAACAGUCUAUUAAACUGGAUGGCUCUCCAUCUAGUCAAGACAGUCUUUCAAGUCAACGUAUAAGUAACACCAAUAGCAUUGAUAUAACCCCACCACAAGAUAUCAAAACAGAUUCAACCAAUUCAAGUAAAGAUAGGCGAGAAAGUAGGGGAAAGAAAAAAUCCUCUUGGUUUAAUUCAUUGUAUCCCACUACUUACAAAUCUAAAUCUGAAGUUUACAAGAAACUGUUUAAGGAUGUACCAGAUGAUGAAAGGCUGGUUGUAGACUAUUCUUGUGCUUUACAAAAAGAUAUUUUGCACCACGGUCGAUUGUACGUCACACAAAAUUAUCUAUGUUUCUAUGCAAAUAUUUUUGGUUGGGAAACUAAUCUGACUUUAAAAUGGAAAGACGUCGCAUCAAUAACCAAAGAAAAAACGGCUAUCGUUAUUCCGAAUGCGAUUUUAAUCAGUACCAAAGGAGACAAGUAUUUCUUUUCCAGUUUCGUAGCAAGAGACAAGACUUAUUUGAUGUUAUUUCGAGUAUGGCAGAACGCUCUUAUGGACCAACCUAUGACUGCUCAAGAAAUGUGGCAAUGGGUUCACCAAUGCUAUGGAAGUGAAUUAGGUUUAACCAGUGACGACGAAGACUACGUACCUCCUCUUACAAACGAGGAAGAUAAAUUAUCAGUUCGACUUUCAGUUGAAUCAUUCUCAGAGCAAGAGUAUCAAGGACAAAUUAUUGAUGGUACAAUGGAGCAAACAUCAACUACUGUUUAUGAAAAAGUCGAUGGAGAAGACAUAAAAAUUCCAACUAUUAUGGGCCACAAGAGAAGUGGUUCAGAUUCAAAGAAUCCCACGGAUGCCACCGACAAUUCCGAAUCUGAAACUGAAAAACCAAUUAAAAAAAACUUUUCGUUUUCUUUCUUGAAGGAGGCUUUCACGAAAGAAACACCUCCUCAUACACCACCAUCUCCUGAUUCUGAUGGUCCACAUCCAAAUUUGGAUACAUUCAAAACUGACAUUAAAGUUAACUGUACAUGUCCUCAUGAUGGUAAGCAAAUUAUUAAUGAAGUGUUUCCUAUUCAUGUGGAUCAACUCUUCACAUUACUCUUCACUAGUUCAAAAUUCUAUUUGGACUUUCACGCAGCUAGAAAAACAACAGAUCUAACUCAAACCCCAUGGACUCAUAAUCCUAUAGAUAAUAGUAAGAGUAGAGUGGUUAGUUUAACGGUAGCCCUCUUAGCUACUAUGGGUCCUAAAUCAGCACAAGUUACUGAGCAGCAGACAAUGAAUCCCUGCAGUAAGGCUGGACACUUAUAUUCAAUAGACGUAGAAUCUCUAAACGCUGGCGUUCCUUAUGCAGAUAGUUUUUAUGUCUUUGUUCACUAUUGUCUUCAAAAAGUGUCUGAAAACCAAAGUUCCCUUCAAAUGUUUGCACAAGUUAAAUAUAAGAAGUCUGUUUGGGGUUUAGUGAAAGGUAUGAUUGAGAGAAAUGCUUAUUCCGGUAUAGAAGACUAUGGUGCUCAUUUAACUAGGGCACUACAUGCAGAGGGUGAUGAUAGUAUUCCUGAAAUUAAAAGGAAAGCUAAACGAAAAAGACGGAUUAACAGUAGUACGAGAGGUACUAUUGAAGAAAAUAAUCCUGCAAAAAAGAAAAUUACAGAAGGUAUUUUUAGUAGUGAAAUAUGUACCAUGAUAGUAUUUUUUGUGUUAAUAUUGUUACUAUUUUUAAAUGUAAUGUUAUAUUACAAAUUAUGGUCUUUAGAAGAAGCACCGUCCUAUAAUUUAUUGGAUUUGCAUUUACUGAAACAUCCACCACAAUCUCAUGAAGAAUGGAUAACAUUAUUACAACAACAGGAAGCUCUGCAUUCAGUGGAGGCUCAAAAGUGGCAAAAGUUAUUGAGGAAUUCAAUUCAACUUUUACGACAGGCCGAGGAAUCUCUUAAUGAGCUUCAAAGUUCAAUUCAGUCGACAUAUUCUAGCAAAUUAGUGUCAAUUCUACAAGCGGGUCAAGAAGAAAAUAAAGAAGAAUUAUAGAUAUUGUAUUGAAAUUCAUAAAUCUUUCAUACAUUUGACAAAUAACGCGAGCGAUAAUUAUAAACCCUUUUAAUCUAAAUUUCAACUUGUGUAAAAAUAUUAAGUGUUGAAAGCACUUAUAUAUGUAUAUAAUUAAUGGGAAGAGGAAGGGGUAUGUAGAUAUGUAGGCGUCUAAAAUGCUUUAAGAAAUUUAUACAUUAUUCACGAUUUUUAGAAAUAUAUUAUCUCCUAUCAUUAUUACUACUUACAUAAUUUUAAACUUUUAUUUUGAAACAAUUUUAUUGUAUUUUUUUAUUAUUAUACACACUUUUAUUUCUGUGAUAUAUGUGGAAAAUGGGCAGCUUUUAAUUAAAUAGUUUUUAUGCAGAUUAUACUAUACAUAACUUGUUGAGGUCAAUUGUGAUAUCAUAACUUCUUCUAUCCACCAUAUACUUACUAAUUGUGAUUUUUUAAUUGCCACAUUUUAAUCCAGAUUUUAAAGAGGUUUUAUCAACCUAGUUUCAGAAACUGUAUUUUCUAUACUUGUUAUUGUUAUAUGACCUUUUAUUAGUUUAUCGCAGUGAUUCUUAACCUUUUUUUCGUCACGUCACACUUUUAAUAAUUCAAAAACUUGGCAGUAAACAAAUAAUUAGAUACCUAUAAUACGAUAUAUUUUGUAAUAAUAGCAGACGAUAAUAAUUUUCAAUGGAAUUUGAAGUAAAAUAGCAUUACAAAGUAUGGAAAAAGUUUAUUUAAUGAUAGAUUAGAAAGUACAUUUAAUAUGAAAUUUCAAUUUCUUUUAAAUAAGAAUUGAUUAUUGCAUCCAAAAUGUGUUUACCUGUUGUAAAAUCAGAUAAUUUAGGACAACAAUUUGCACUGGACUCGGGGCUCACCGUAACACUAUUAUUAUCAUCAUAAGUUUUCUUUUUGCUUUUACAUUUUUAUUUCCAAAUUCUUUUAAAAUGAAAAUAAUUUUGUCAGAAAAUUAUUAAACACGACAUGUUGUAUAAUUACUUUAAGAUUUGCAGCACAGUACUGUAGUAUUAUACGUGCGAAAGCGAAUAAUUUUAUAUAAUAAAUAUAAAUAAUAAACUCAAAAAAUUCUACUGUACAAAAACCAACACUAAGAGGAGACGAGGUCAACUGAAUGUGAUUAUUGUACGUUCCAAUUAGAGACGCAGUAAAUGACAACUAUGAUCAGCACGUGAUCACCCAGUGCACAGUCGUUUCUCGAUCUAUGAUUUUAUUAUGAUAAUUGAGGUCAAUUAUGAAAAAACUACGUCACGAUAACAAUUAUGUCAGGAGCGUAUUCAUUUCAGUUAUCAAAAUCCUUUAAAUAUAGACAAUAUUUAUCUGGAGCUCUGAUUUCCAUAUUCUGUCUUAAUAUUUCACUGAAUGCAUUCGUAACACAUGGCAGCACAUUUCAAGAAUUUCGCGGCACACUGCUUGAGAAUCACUGGUUUAUCGGUAAAAAAAGCAAUGAAUUCCAAAAGAAUGACAUCACAUUGAAUGGUUGUCAAUGUAUUGUUUUGCUAAACCAUCAGUAUCAAUAUUUUAUAAACACAGUGGCAUUUCGAUUAAUGUGUAAAUACAAAAUUAUUUGUAAUCAUUCCGAUAAAUCAGUUUUAAUUAUAAUUGGAAUACUUGUUUUUAUUUAGAAAAAACUAUUGGUUUUAUUAAAAUUAGUGAAAUAAUUUGUUAUACUAAUUUAUAUGGUUGCAGUAGGAUUUGGUGCAAAUAUUAAAUACGCUUUUCUAUAGUGGUGAUGGAUGGAAUUAGGGUAGAUUAAGUUUAUUGAAAGUUCAUUUAGUUAGAAUUGCGACACUAGAUAAUUGAAAAAAUAGAUUGUAUCAUUACAUCAAGCACGACAAGUUGAAUGAAUAAACGAGUAUUUCCAAUGCCAUUGCAAUCCUGUUAUUAUUAGCAAGGGAAACUCCAAUAUUUAAAUUGUUCGUGGUUAAACACUGAUUCUUGUGAUAUUUUCUAUAGCUUUGUAUGUUUGUGCAAGCAAACAUGCUUAAAUGACUUGGAAUGAGGAAAAUAUUUGUACAAGAUGUCAGAUAUCUAGUUUAUGAUAAGUUGAAAAUAUAAAGAGAAAGAAUAACUUAAAGUUUGACAACAUUUUUUGAAUAUGUCACCAUAAAUACAAUACGUUUUGCCUACUUUUCAUUAGAAAAUAUGCAUAUAGUUACUGUGGAUAAGAUGAGAAUGACUUCUUUAUUCUUAUUUUUGGUGAUUUUCCCUAUAAUAUUUUCUACUUCAAGUAGUAGUUUUAUUGUCGAAAGUUUUAUUUGGUAUAUUCUAAAGAAUUUUUACUUAUAAUAAAUAACUUUUACUUUAUUUUAAAAACAAGAUUCUCAACUUAUAAUGAAAAUAUUUUGCAAGCUUCACAGUUAAGACUCCAGCAAAAUUUACCCAUGAGAAAUAGACUUUAUUUUAGUUGUGUGAUUUAACUAACUAUUACAAUCUCUAUUCACAGUAAACGUAUCUCAAUUACCUCAUAUUCUAACUAGUAAUGUCAUUGAAAGAUAUUUAUUAUAUUGUAAAAAUAAUGUCAAAUGUGUGUAAGGAUUUUUAAUUUUUAUUUAUUGUUAUAUUUUCUAAGGUGUCUAGAAGUUAAUGUCAUUGCGCACUGUGUUAUAUUUUUUAGUAUAGUUUUUAUGAAUUGUUCCUUAUACACUCAUGUACCCAAGAUAAUAGUAAAUAUAAAAUAUUACUUCUUCUGGGCA